UCCUUUUCCUUUCAACUUGCUCUCUACUUCUUCUUCUUGAACAAGUUUAUUCUCAUCUUCUCCCCAUACUUGCAGAAUCAUUUAAUCUUCAAAAGUACAGGCGGCUGCUUGGUUGGUUUUAGUAGUUCUCUACCAAACUCACAAAGUCAAUUUAGCUGAGAAAUUCAAAACCAUAUAUACCUUUCUGUGUAGUGCUGUAUAUCAUCAAGCACCAAAAUCUAUCUGCAAAACAAGAAGCAGAAAAUGUUCACUUUAAUGUAAGUUGGGUCAAUUUCAACAGAUCAUGAUAAAAAAAAGAAAGCACAUGAAGAAGAGAAGCAUAUCAUGAUUAAUUCGUGAAGUUUGUCAUCGCAAAUAGAAUAGAAAUCUGGGUGUUGAGCUGAAAUGAUGAACCAAUGACGAGAGGGUUCAUAACAGCAUAAGAUGAUUAAGAGUCCCAUUACUGAAGCAGAUUUGCAAGAAGCAGGAGCUGGCAGUUCAAGUCGUGAUGACGAAGCCAAUAAAGUUUCAUCAAACCCUAAUUUAUCUCGUCCAUCAACUCCAUGGCUAAGGUUGAAGGACCCAAGGAUUGUGCGUGUGUCCCGAGCUUUUGGAGGGAAGGACAGGCAUAGCAAGGUUUGCACCAUAAGAGGACUUCGAGAUCGGCGGGUGAGGCUAUCGGUACCUACUGCAAUCCAAUUGUAUGAUCUUCAAGAAAGGCUUGGUCUUAACCAGCCUAGCAAGGUUGUCGAUUGGUUGCUUGAUGCCGCAAAGCAUGAAAUCGAUGAACUUCCUCCGCUGCCAAUGCCAUCACUUGGGAGUUUUGGUCUAAAUCAUCCAUCAUUAGGGCUCACUUCAUCUCAUGGUGACCAAACCAAUGCUCAUGCUCAGUUAUCUCAUAAUCAUAGUGGAGAAGGCCCUAGCAGUGGAAUAGAUAGAUCAAAUUUUUGGCCUACUGAUUCGGAUGCUCUUUGGCGAGCAAAGUCGAAAGAAAUUGUAAGAGCCACAAGAAAUGAGGAGGAGGGAAAUCAGAAAGAUAAUCUUGGAAUAUCAGAUGAUCAAGAACAAGCAGGCAAUAAUGUUGAUGGUAAUUCAUCAAACACGUUCUUGAGAAGUAAUACCAACCCUCCAUUCUUUCCAGGUCUUCUGAAUAGUUCUACGAAUAUGCCUUAUGCUUAUCAUAAUUGGGAUCAUUCUCAUCAGACUUCAAAUUUUCCACUAUCUCAAUUAGGAAGCCAUGGAUUCCAAUCCCAAACUACAGAUCUCCACAAUUUCCUUAAUGUACUCUCGUUGCCAUCCACAUUGUCUUUAUCAACGACACAAUCUUAUUUUUCUUCGCAUAACACAGCGGCUACAGGAGAGCUGGAUCCAAGACAAUUCAACCACUUGCAAAUGCUAAACUCUAGUGGUAGUACUAGUACUUCACAAAACCUAUUGCCCAAUUUUCUUUCUACACCAGCUCUAUACCCUAGUAGCCAAACUCUGAGAGCACCCCAUUUGAGUAUGGUGACUAAGCUUGUGCAUUCUUCAGACAACAAUGGCAGUGGUCAUCACCCAAAUAAAAAUCAGGAGCCUCCGUCUCGAUGAUGCGUAGCUGAUGCUUUUAAUUCAAAGACUCAUGAAAGCCUAAGCUUGCUUUAUGGCUCAGAUUGGUCGUCUUUUGUAAAUGGGAGCUAGGUUUAGUGCAGACAAAGGUACAAACACACAUCGUACUUUACCGGGUUUAGUCGGUUUACUUAAUGUCCAUUUCAGAUUAAAGAUACCACAUAUGAUUUGAUUUCCUACUUAAUUUUGGUUUAUAUUAUGCGACAUUUGCAUUUAAAUUAAAGUAAAAAGAAAGAGUUUUCGAGCAUAAA